UCUCAAAAGUAAAUAUACGUAUGCACAACUAAGGACCAAGGGAAACCUACGUAUAAAAUGUGAAGAAGAUCCCUCUGGCACUGCCUGCAAAAUAGCGAUUACAAAAAUUGUUUAAGGACUGACGACAGACGGACGGACCACAGACGCAGGGCGAUUUGAGUAGCCCAUCAUCAGAUGAUAGGUGGCUAAAAAUAGAGAACAAUUUAAAUUUGGUUUGAUGUUGUAGUACAAUUUGUUUUUUUUUUCGUUUUGUUAUUCUACCAGGUGGAACUGUAGACAUAGCUGUACACGAGGUGUCUAAUGACGGGAAGUGUCUGACGGAGGUCUUACCGGCUUCUGGAGGAGCCUGGGGUGGUGACAAUGUCAACCAAAUGUUUAUCAACUUUUUUGGCAAGAAUAUUGGAGGAAAAGAAGAAAUUAACAAAAUAAAGGAAAAGCGUACAUCUCAUUGGUUGAAACUUGAGCGUAGUUUUGAAGCAACAAAGAGGAAAUUGAAAAGUGAUACUGAACAAGACAUGCGACUUGAUAUUCCGCCAGUUAUCAUCACUGAAGCGAAGCUUGAUAUCAACUUGGCAAACUCAUUCAAAAUGGACAUACAUAACAAAGACUUUAGAUCAUUCUUUGACUCGACACAACACACCAUCAGCCAUAUGAAACACAUAAUGGAGAAAAUACCAGAUAUAGAACUGAUUUUGUUGGUUGGAGGUCACGCCCAGUCCGAAUACGUGUCAAACCUGAUAAGGAGUGAAUUUCUAUCAAAAAAAAUAUUGGUACCCACGAAAGCAGAAGUAGCUGUUAUGGAAGGUGCUGUCUUGUUUGGAUUCGAACCCUGGUCUGUGUCGGCAAGAAUGUGUCGUCAUACUUACGGCAUUAGAUGUAAUGAAUCUUUCAAAGAGGGAUUUCACCGUAGGGAGUACCGGAAGGACAUAGAUGGAAAGGACAGUUGUGAAAAUAUAUUCUCCAAAGUAGCGACAGAGGGAGAUAUAUUGCAAGUUGUAGAAAAACGCGUGAAAGCAUUUUACUCGACGCACAAGGACGAAAAUCGAAGAAAAGUUAGAGUGAAUAUCCCUUUUUACGCCUCUACUGACAAAACGUGCCAAUAUACAACCGACAUAUCGUGUGAACGGAUUGGGAACAUUGCAGUGGAACCCCCAGCUGACGGGUGGCCAGAGGAGGUACAUUACCGUGUUGAAAUGUACUUUGGGAGGACCGAAUUGGAGGUCAAGGUUUUCAACGAUGCUGAUGAACGGGAGGAGUAUACCGGAAAGUUUGACUUUCUCAUUGAAAAGGAAAUUCCUGAAGUAUUACCAGUUUCACUAGUCCCAUCAGCUCAAGCCCAGGGUAGGACAAAGGAAACGAAGAGCAACUGUACUUUGUGCUGAAUAGUAUUCAUCCGGUAGAGGUCUGUAAGUUACUAAACGUACUAAUAUUGAUUAUUCAUGAAGCUUAUAGUAAAUACAGCUUACAUAACACAAAAGAGACAUGUAUGCGAGGCCAUAUAACGUUACACUAAUCACACAAAUACCGCACCAUGUACAUUGUUGACACAAUAGUGUUCUGUAACUUGUGUAAAUGUUUUGUUGGUAUUUGUCUUGGUUGAGAUUUUCAGAUUGAAAAAAAAAUAACGUGAUUUUAUAAAAAAAAAAGCACCUGCGACAGCAAAAUAAUACAUGAGGAAUCAUAUCAACAGGAUCUUUUCGAUUUAGUGAUUUGAAUAUGAUUUAUUGCAUUUUUUUAUAUUUAUUUAGGUUGAUAAAUGCACUGUGAUUCAAAAUAAUUGUAAUGUACAGAAGAACAACAACGUUUGUAUUCCAUGGCAGUUUUACCAUUUAGCCUGUCGAUGGUCAUUAAGUACUCGGAACAUGUUUAAAACUCUUGUAUAUUGCAUAGCUUCUACUUUAAGUUUGGUUAAAAAUAAAGGCUUCCCUCAUUCGCGAAAGUGAUAAUGUUUUGACUGAGUGAUAGGGACUUUAUUAGUCUCACAAUGUAACAGAUUUAGUUCAGAAUUGAAUCUACAUUUACUCUGCAAGGUUUGCUGUAACCUUGGUGGUCACAUACAGUGGCAUGGUUCAUAUAUGCUGUUAGAAGUAGAGAAACAGCCAUGUGAUGCAGUGUAAUUCAUUUUCGGCUUACUGGUUCUACUUUCAAAUUUUGAAAGGUGCAAUCGCAUGUUUGUGUGUGUGUGUGUGUGUGUGUGUGUGUGAUACGUUUAUCCUUGGUUGAUGCGAUGGAGUGAUGAAUUGAGUUGGUAUUGAAACAGUUUUUACGAAAACAACUCCAUUCGUAAAACAAUUAAAUCAACCAAAACAUAAUUCCAUCCUUAUAUUUCGAUUGAAACUUGUUAACAAUAACAAAUUAAGAAAUAUCAAAGUAUCAAAAAACAUAUCACAUCAAUGCGUAGACAACACAUUGCACUCUGUUAUGUAUAAGAUUGAUAAAUGCACUGUAAUUUAUGAUAACUGUAAUGUACCGAAGAACAACAAUGUUUUUACUCAUUGGCAGUUUUAACCAUUUAGUCUAUCGAUUGUCAUUAAAAACUCAGAACAUGCUAACCCCUAUAUAUUGCAUGAAGUUAUCUACUCCUUUAAGUGCUGUUAAAAAUAAAGGCUUCCCUCAUUCGCGAUUGUGAUUAUAAUUUGACUGAGUGAUAAGGAGACGUCUUUAUUAGUCUCACAAUGUAACAGAUUUAGUUCAGAAUUGAAUCUACAUUGAGUCUACAAGGUUUACUGUGACCAUUGAUGGUCACAGUAGCAAGGUUCAUAAUAUACACUUUACUGAUUAUUCAAUUUGAACUUAACCAGUACUCCUCUAAACUUUUGAAUCAAUUAUUAGGGGGCUUUACACACCGGCCCGUCUGUUUCAAAACUAUUUUCGACUAUUUGGACUUCUAAGUUACUGUUAGAAGGACGAAACGGCCAUGUGGUGCAGCGUAAUUCAUUUUCGGCUUACUGUAUUUACUUUCAGAUUUUGAAAGGUGCAAUCACAUGUGUGUGUGUGUGGGGGUGAGUUGUGUGUGUUGUUGAGUGUGUGUG